UACAUUCGUAAAAAUGGAAUUAUAUAAAGAAGUUAAACAAUUAACUUUAGAGGAAGUUAAAAAACAUGACGGCGUUAUGGAAAAAACAGUUUGGGUUGUGAUUAGGGACAUAGUGUAUGAUGUGACUGAAUAUAUGGAAGAUCACCCGGGAGGUAGUGAUUUAAUAUUGGAACAUGCCGGGAAAGAUGGUACCAAAGAUUUUGAGAAUACCGGACAUUCUAAUGAUGCCAAAAAGGAGUUAAAAAAAUAUAAAAUUGGAGAAAUUAUUGAGGCUGAACGAAAGGGAAAAAUUAAGAAUAAAGAACCCAAGAUGGAGACAAAUUCAGACGAAAUUCAAAGUAUUUGCUGCCUAUCUUAUUUAUUCUGCGGUUUAUGUGGAUAAUUUAUUUAUUUUUAAAUGUAUACAUAUGUUUUUAUUAAAUAAAACUUUUAUUUUUCU